CGGGUGAUUCUGAGGCUGUCUCGCGUGUGCUGCUAAGCGAGAAAUGCAAGUAUGGCAUCUACUGAAGAAAGCUUCCCUCGAGGUGGUACCCAGAAGAAACCCGAAAAGGGGAGAGCACCCAGGCAGUCAAUAGAGCAGGAUAACUUAUUUGAUACCCACCAUGAGGAAGGAUCUCAGAAAAGGAAGAGGAACCAGGAGCAGCCAGAAAAGCGGAAAAAACUCAAGGCGGAGAAAAAACAAGCUGUUAAAGACAGUGCCAGAGAUUUUGACCUGCUCACAGUUGAGACCCUGAGUGAAGGGGUGCUGUUGCUUGGCUGCGUGAAGGAGGCCAACAGCUUCGAGCUAGUGGUCAGCUUACCCAAUGGACUCACUGGCUUCGUGCAAGUGACGGAUAUCUGUGACUCCUACACCCAAAUGCUGAGUGAGCAGGUGGCCAAGCAGGAGCUCUUGGAGGAUUUGAAUUCGCUGUCAGACCUGUACCCACCAGGGAUGCUGGUGAGAUGUGCUGUGACCAGUCUGCAGAAGACCACAGAUGGACAUCAGAGUGUCAAGCUGUCUAUUAACCCCAGAGAUGUCAACAAGGCUCUGAACACCUUGGCUCUUAGAUCAGGCAUGCUGCUUUCUGGCUUGGUAUCCAGUGUGGAAGAUCACGGCUACCUCAUCGAUGUUGGAAUCAGCGGCACUAAAGCAUUCCUGCCUCGUCAGAAAGCCCAGGAUUACCUCAAAUCAUCCAACAAAGGGGCUGAGCUGAAAAUAGGGCAGUACCUGAACUGUCUUGUUGAGGAGGUGAAGAACAGUGGGAGGAUUGUCCGUCUGUCUGUGGGUCGAUCUGAGGUUGCUGCUGCCAUUGCGACAGAAGAACAGAACUGGACGCUCAGUAACUUGCUGCCAGGGCUGGUGGUGAAAGCCCAGGUUCAGAAGGUGACUCCAUAUGGUCUCACUCUGAGUUUCCUGUCUUCCUUCACUGGGAUCGUGGACUUCAUGCAUCUGGACCCCAAAAAAGUGGGGAGCUAUUCACAAAACCAGACUGUAAAAGCCUGCAUCCUGUCUGUCCACCCUACAUCCAAGGCAGUACGGUUCACUUUACGGCAGGCCUUCUUCCAGCCUGGUGGCUUGCUAAGCCAGCUCUCUAGUGAUCGCUUUGGGGCUGUGGUGGCAGAGUGUACAGUGAAGGGCUUCUACAAAAAGGCUGGUGCCAUCUUUGAGCUGGAGGAUGGCACUCUGGCCUUUGCACGGCUGAGACAUCUCUCAAACACCAUAAACUCCUUCAAGCCCAGGACUUUUAAGACAGGAAGCAAACACAAAUGUCGAAUCAUUGACUACAGCCUUAUGGAUGAGGUGGCCAUUUUGUCCCUGAAGCGUCAAAUUAUUGAUGCUCCGUUUCUGAGAUAUGAGGACAUCCCUCCUGGGCACGUGGUGGAGGGCAAGGUGUUGGCUCUGAAACCCCAUGGGAUGCAGGUGAAGGUGACUGAUCACAUCAGGGGACUGGUGCCUCGCCUGCACCUGGCAGACAUGCUUCUGAAGCAGCCUGAGAAGAAGUACAGCGUGGGAGAGCAAGUCAAGUGCCGGGUGUUACUGUCCCAUCCUGAAGAGAGGAAGCUCAUCCUCACUCUGAAGAAGACUCUCGUCGGUUCCAAACUUCCAGUCCUUGCCAGUUACGCAGCUGCGAAACCUGGCUUGGUCACGCACGGCGUUGUGGUAUGCGCCAGGGAGUUCGGUUGCAUCGUUAAGUUCUACAAUGAUGUUAAAGGCCUGGUCCCCAGGAAUGAGCUGGGCUCAGAGCCCAUUCCUUCCCCGAAGAAAGUCUUCUAUGAAGGCCAGGUUGUCAAAGUAACAAUCCUCAAAUGUGAGCCUGAGCAGGAGAAACUGCUGCUGUCAUUCAACCUGACUAGCAAAUCAGCUUUGGAGGACGAAGCAGAGCAGGCUCCAAAGAAAAAGCGGGAAGUGACCUAUGAAACUGGACAGAUGGUGGAUGUGAAAGUCUUGAAGAAGAGAGAAAAUGGUUUGGAGGUCUCAAUCUUGUCAGACAAUGUUCCUGCUCACCUUCCCAUGAUGCACCUGUCUGACCACAUUGUUAAUUGCAAACUCCUGUGGCACUGGCUUCAAGAGGAGGACGUUCUCCCCCGGGUUAUGUGCCUAAGUGACAAGGGAGGGCAUGUUAUGUUGUGCAGAAAGCCUGCAUUGAUUUCUGCUGUUGAGGAGGGGCAGGUGGUGAGGAGCUUUUCUGAAAUCCAGCCAGGGAUGCAGCUGACUGGUUUCGUGAAGAACAUUAUGCCCUACGGAGUGUUCGUGGAGUUUCCUUUUGGCCUGGCUGGACUGGCACCCAAAGCGGCCAUGAGUGACAAGUUUGUGACAGACACCAAGGAGCAUUUUGUGGUGGGACAGACGGUGGUUGCCAAAGUGACAAGCAUUGAUGAGGCGAAGCAGCGGGUUCUCCUGUGCCUGAAGCUAUCUGAAUGUAGCGCAGAAGAUCCUGCUGCCAAGAGCAUCUCCUUGCUGAGCCAAUGCUUUGAGGAGAUGAAGGAGGUCAGGAGCAUCAUGAGAAAAAGAGGGCAUUCCAAGGCAGCCCAAAACCUUUACAGCUUAAUGUUCGGGCAGAAACUGGACUUGGUUGUUCAGGAAGUGAAGGAGGACGGCUCAGCACUCUUUAGUGGCAGCCGCAUUGCUGGAUUGACUGUAGCAGCCACUUCCCAUCACCUGGGAGACAGAAACCUUGUCCCUGGUCAGAAAGCUAGAGCCUUGAUUCUGCAUGUAAAUGCCCUUAAAUCCCAAGUUCAUGUCUCCCUUCGAGAAGAGCUGUUGAACCAAAAAGUCAAGCAGUUGAAGGAAAAUUCCCAGCACUCUGCUGUCGUGCAGCAUGUUGCAGAAGAGUUUGCCAUUGCCUCAUUGGUGGAAACGGGUCAGCUGACUGCCAUCCCUGUGGCCUGUCACUUCAAUGACACGUUCCGUUUUGACUCGGAGAGACUGAAGGUGGGGCAAACCAUCUUGGUGACCUUAAAAACAGUGAAGCCGGGUGAACACGGAGUCCUGCUAGCAGUACAAGGCCCAGCCAAGGCAGUUAUAAGACCCCGGAAAGAGUCCGAGACAUUUGAGGAGACCUUGGUUUUAGUGCAGCACUCGCUGCGCAUAGGGGAUACAGUCACUGGGAAGGUGAAGUCUGUCAAGCCCACCCGCAUCACAGUUGCCAUCAGUGACGAACUGACAGGUUGUAUCCACGCAUCGCAGAUCUUGGACAAAGUUCCGAUUGGCACCUUUCCAACAUCCAAGCUGAGACCUGGCCAGAAAGUGACUGCGAGGGUCAUUGGAGGCAGAGAUGUGAAGACGCACAGGUACUUGCCCAUCACCCAUCCACACUUCACAAAGACCAUUCCAGAACUCAGCCUUCGGCCAAGUGUGCUGAAGGGGAAAGGCUGCACAACUCUGAACACUGAAGGGGAUGAACUGAGCGAGGAGCUCAAGGCUUACAAAGUCGGGCAGACGGUGACCUGCUUCAUCAAGAAGUACAAUGUCAUCAAGGGCUGGCUGGAGGUAGAGGUCACCCCGGACAUUCGAGGAAGGAUUCCACAUCUGCUGCUUUCCCUCAAGCCCAAGGUCUUCAAGCAUCCAGAGAAGAGCUUCAGGAGCGGACAAGCUUUGUCUGCUACAGUGACUGGCAUGAAUCCCACCAGCACCAACCUCUGUUUGUCCCUUACGGGAAUCCACUCCCUAGAGAAAGGGACCAUCACUUUGGGCACCAUAAAAAACGUGACCCCUCAUGUUGGCUUGAUUGUGGCGCUUCCCUUUGGCAAGAUUGGCAAUGCCAGCCUCUUCCACCUGAGCGAUUCGUACAUGGAGCAGCCGUGGGAGCACUUCCGCGUGGGUGAGAUCGUCAGGUGUUGCAUCCUUUCCAAUGAAGAUGGUAAAAUCCAAGUCUCCCUCCGGCAGUCCAGAACAAAUCCUAAGAGCAAUAGUGAAGUGGAAGAUGCUGAAAUUACUUGCGUCGAUGAUGUGAAGGAAGGCCAGUUGAUCCGAGGCUAUGUCAAAUGCAUCAAGGCUUCAGGCGUGUUUUUUGCUUUGUCCAGCUCUGUUGUGGGCCGAAUCCGGUUCCAAAAGGUUGCCCCCUACUUUGUAUCGAAGCAAGCUGUGUAUGAGGAGUACCUGCCGGAAGGGAAGCUGCUCACAGCCAGGGUUCUCAGUGUGAAUAGCCAGGAGGACCACAUAGAGCUCUCCCUCCUGCCUAAGGACACUGGGAAGUUGAGUGUCUUGCCCAAGUCCCUGGGCCUGCCCCUCCAUGAAACAAAGCAGGAGAAGAAGGGUGAGGAGCUUAAGAAGCUGAAGGCGAAACGGAGAAGACGAGACUCUGAAAGCGAGCAGGAGGCAAAGCCAAAGAAAAAGAAAAUGCAUCCUGCUGACAAAGAUGACAGUGGGGUUGAAGUCUAUUGCUGGGAGGAAGAGGAAGAAGAGGAGGAAGAGGAGAAUAAAAGCANNUUCAAGCAAGAGGUAAAGCACAUGGAGGCUCCAAGACUGCAGGUUUCUACUGGCUUCACCUGGGACGAGGGACUAAAUGCACUCAAGGUGCCGGCAUUGAGUCAGCCAGAGGAGAGCUCGGACAGCGAGGAGGACGAUGAUCCACAGGCCACGCUGAAGAAGCAAAACAAGAAGGAGAAAGAGCUGGAAAAACAGAGAGUGGAAAAGGAGCUCUGCAAAAUAGAAACUGCCUUGAUGGACCCCACUCGGCAGCCCCAGAGUGCGGAUGACUUUGACCGCCUGGUGCUCAGCAACCCCAACAGCUCCAUCCUGUGGCUGCAGUACAUGGCUUUCCAUCUCCAGGCCACCGAGAUCGAGAAGGCCCGCGCUGUGGCUGAAAGGGCGCUCAAAACUAUCUCCUUCAGGGAGGAACAGGAGAAACUGAAUGUGUGGGGAGCUCUGCUGAACCUGGAGAACAUGUAUGGUACUGAGGAGACGCUGAUGAAGGUCUUUGAGAGAGCUGUUCAGUACAACGAGCCCCUGAAGGUCUUCCAGCAUUUGGCAGACAUCUACACCAACUCUGAGAAGUACAAGCAAGCAGAAGACCUGUACCACACGAUGCUGAAGCGCUUCCGUCAGGAGAAAUCUGUGUGGCUGAAGCAUGCCACCUUCCUCCUGAAACAAGGCCAGACCGAGGCCACACACAAGCUCCUGGAACAUGCCCUCAGGGGGCUGCCAGUCAAAGAACAUGUGGAUGUGAUUUCCAAGUUUGCUCAACUCGAGUUCCAGUUUGGGGACCCAGACCACGCCAAGGCUCUUUUUGAGAGCACACUCAGCAGCUAUCCCAAACGCACUGACAUCUGGUCCAUCUACAUAGACAUGUUGAUCAAACAUGGCAGCCAGAAGGAAGUACGGGAUGUUUUUGAGCGGGUCAUUCACCUAAGCCUGGCACCAAAGAGGAUGAAGUUUUUCUUUAAACGCUACCUGGAUUAUGAGAAGAAAUAUGGCACAGCGGACACUAUCCAGGCUGUGAAAGCCGCAGCGCUGGGGUAUGUGGAGUCCAAGAGCUCCCUUGUUGAGAGUUAAGUCCCAAAACAGAGGGACUUGAUUACUGCUACCAGUGGCUGUGUGAGCAGAAGGGAUGCACAGAAAUGGACUGCAGGUGUCCACAAACAGGGCUUCUUGUGAGAGCACCAGCAGCCAGCUGGACUGUCUGGGACCCCCCGAAGGCAGAAAGAACCUGCUGGCUGAAGAGAGGACGUUGUUCGUGUUCAUAACUUGCCCAGCAGUACAACUGACUUCCCAUGUGCCGCUGACUUUGGAUGUAGUUAUUUAAAUGCAGAUUGUUUUAUAAGCAAUAGAAACACAGCUACCCCUGCCUGUUCUGCUUUCCUAUGGAAAACGUACAUUUGUUGACUUUACAUUUUUCAAUACAGUUGAUAAGUCAGUCUCCCUUCAGAAUUUUCUUUUCCCUCCAUCCUUUUUUCAACACUGCCAAGAAGGUUCUCAUGUUUCAUCUACAUUAGUAUUGUCAGAGAUUGGUCUCUGGUGCCUUUUUGUUGCUGCCACUCUUCUUGAUUUUAGGCUUUUUUUUAAAGCCUACAAGUAUCUAAUUGAACUUGCUGAAAAUGUAAAAUUGCAAAUGAUCCUGCUGAAGGACGGAACAUUUCAGGAAAUGGGAUAGAGGUCUCUAAGCUGAGAAAAGAAGCUAAGUUUUAGAUGCUGGAAAAUAAUUGGUUCUGCUUUAAUAUUUUCCAUUUCAGACUGUUUCCCUAGGUACCAACAGGUCUAUCCCUAUAUGUGCCCCAAACUAUCCCGUCUUAGCCGAGCACAUCGGCAGCCAUCUCACGGCCUAAGCCCAGUGGGAAUCCAAAAAUAAACCGUUCUCCAUC